AUGACGCGUCUCAAAGAUUUUGAUGAUAGACAAGAAGAAAAAGGACAUGAACAAGAAGAAAUACCUUACGAACCAUUUGAUGAGGAACUUAAAAUUGAUUUCGAAUUUUUAAAACAACAACAACUUCCUAAUGCCGAAUCUUAUGAAUUUGAUAAUAUUAAAUUUAAAGAACCAUCAUUUCCUGAGAUUGAUCCACGUGAAUAUCAAAGUAGAGAGGUUAUGAAUGAAUAUGAAUUAUUUGGAUUUGAUCAUUUGAUCUUUAAAGAUUUUGAUCAUGAUGAUGAUUUCGAAUUCAAAACUGCCUUUGAAGAUUUUCAAUUUUCUAUUCCAUAA